AUGAACAUAAUAAUUCAUUUAUUUUUAUUAAAAAGUGUUUUCGGCCAAGAUUGGAUUUCUAAGCCAGGAAUAGAUCUUCUAACUCUUUAUAAUAAGCAGUAUGACAAUAUUGAUGGACCAAAAGACCCAAUAGAAGAUCUAACUUCCUCAAGUAAAAAUGGUAUAGACAUAUUAUCUCUUUAUCAUGGACAAAGGGAUGGAUCGAACAAUACCGAUUUAAUUGAGACCAUACAAAAUCUGGCUGAAUUAGGAAAUAAUGCUCCGCAAGACGACACAGACUACAUUGAACGACCCUGCAGGAUAUUCGACAAAAACUGUAUACGUCGAUAUUUCGCCGCUCAUAGUCUGUGCACACCUAAGUACCAGGCAGUUCCAGACCCAGUCUACCGAAGCCAAUCCACCUUCUACUUGCCCAGAGUAAACGUUACAGUAACUCCUAUUGAUAUCUACUACACAGGUGCUACGGCCAGGAUAAUAGAAUUCUACGUAAACAAGAAAACGAACCGUCUUCUUUUGGCUUUUACUUUUACGAACUUCACAACGAGUACUGACAAUAGUUAUUUUAGAUUUAACCGUCGUGGUAAAGAGCCCGUUGUUACAAGAUCAUCUGUCGAUGUUCAAUAUAUUUCCCUAACCGCAACAGUGACAAUUCCUAAUUUAAGCAAUCUAAGGCUUGACAGGAGUGAAAUGUAUUUAUACUCAGAAGACAUCAACCCAGGGCUUCGAGUUGACCUUUCUAUAUUCGAAAGCACAGAACUGAACGUGCAAAGAUCUUUAGUGGAAUUCCUACUACGACCGGAUGUAAAUUUACAAGAAGCUUUUCUGAUUGACGCUAACUUCUACGCCAACAGUUACAUACAGCAGUCUAUCUGUGAUUUUGGAUUGAUACUCUCAUAA